AUGUCCCGUCCGGUUUGGGUAGACUGGAGGCAGAAAAAACACUUGGCUUUGGGAUUUUGCAUUCUCGAGGCAGAUAUUUCUGCUCAGCUGUUGUCUGUGGAUAGCUUUGGCGGCUUCGUGCUAAUCAGACUAACAUCAUGUGGAAAGCUUGAAGCUCAACCUUACCAUGCAGCAUGGGAACCAGAGAAGUUUCAGGGGCACAAGCGGAAAAGUGCUGAUUUGGAGGAGAAUCGUUUAUACGACGCAAUGGAGUUGGAAUUCGAGGGGGUCAAGAAAAUUCAGCACAUCAAUCUGAGUUUUCUUGAUGCCUUCUUGAAAGGCAAUCUAGAAAAAUGCAUCGAAACGUGCCACAAGCUGAAGAAUCUCGGGCUUCUGGAGGCCCGAUCAUCCAUUGGGAUCUCAGCUGUGUUGGAUGACAUCAGCUGGCCUACGAGCGUACACGAGAUUGGUCUCAUGAGUGUGUUUGCUGCUCUGCCCAUGGGUCUGUUGCCGUCCGCUUUUGCUGUCUACUCAGAUUUCGAUGUGGAUCACGGUAAUGAGCCCCUCGAGUUUCUCAAUAUUCCAGACCUGCCCCAGGCCCCGCCUUUCCCUUUCAGGAGGCCGUCCUUCCGCAGCAAUCAGAGGUCAACCAAAGUUCAGCCCCCUGAUGCCCUUGUUGGUCCAGUUAUCCCUCCCCUUUUCUUGACUGCCCUAUACAGGCUCUUAGUCGAAGAGCGUAAAAGCAAAAGAGAGCUUUACCCGGAAGAAUCCGAAGCUUUCUCAACACACGUUCAGUUCAAAAGUCAGUGCGAGAAGGUUAUGAAGGCUGUCAGGGAGCACAUUGCUGAAAAUGGGGAAGACGAUUAUGUGUCGCUUGCGGAUGACAUCGAGAGAAAUCCGGAAAAGAAGCCCAAAAAUGUUGCUGACAUGAAAUCGCUUGACCUGAAGAUAACAAUGGGGAUUACUGAGGCACUCAGAAUGCAAAUGGAAGUCCAAAAGCAGCUUCAUGAACAACUUGAGAUUCAAAGAAACCUACAGUUGCGAAUAGAAGAACAAGGCAAAAACCUCCAAAUGAUGUUCGAGCGGCAAAGGAAGAUGGAAGAAGAGAAGAAACAAAAACCAGAGGAACAUUGUUAA